CAUUUCUCCCAUGGGAGUUGCCAAUGGACUCGGUACUGGUGUUGCUCCCGAGCCGCCUGAAACACUAAAGAGAGUCUGAAGUGUGAAAGCUGCGGUGAGCAAAAGAGCCGCAGGUUUCCGUGAGAGAGAAAGGGCAAUUCUAAGCAGACUGCGAAAUGGCGAUAUCCGGGAAUUUAAGGGUCGCUGCUACCCUCGCCUCUUACCAUCAACACCACCCUUUUCGAAGCUCCAUCCCCUCUUCAAAGGUAGAUUUCAUGGGUUCCAUGAAUGGAGGAUCAAGUUUUUCCGAAAUUAGCCCGAAAUGGAAUGGAAUCACAAUAAAUAGCCGAGACAUUCGUGGUCAAACUAAAAGAUUAGCUGGGGUCAUGGGAGAUUUUAAGUUAUCUCCAAAUGCUGUAAACCAUGAGGUUGAGAGCUUCCUCUUAAAUGCCAUAAACAUGAGCUUCUUUGAGCGACUAAACUUGGCUUGGAAAAUAGUUUUCCCAUCUCCAGCAUCUAAAAGGAGCUCGAAUGCAAAUAUAGCUAAGCAGCGCUUGAAGAUGAUUCUGUUCUCCGACCGAUGUGCAGUUAGCGAUGAGGCGAAACAGAAAAUUGUUAAAAACAUUGUGCGUGCUCUGUCAGAUUUUGUGGAGAUAGAGUCAAAGGACAAGGUUCAGCUUAGUGUCUCUACUGAUUCUGAUCUGGGGACUAUUUACUCUGUCACAGUUCCUGUCCGGCGGGUGAAGGCAGAAUAUCAAGUUGCAGAUGAAGCUGGAACAAUCACAAACAUCGAGUACAAAGAUACUGGGGAACGGUCUGGUUCUGUUGAUGUCAGGUUCGAUUUCUACGUACCGGAUGAAUAAAACCCCGAUUCCCGGGCUUAGAAUUAAAACAUUUGAGUUUGGCUAGUAUCUGAAUUUUUCUUUCUAGUUUUUAGAUGUUUGGGUCUUUAGGUGGCAAUGCAACUUUACACUUUAUUUGUAUAUAUGAAUUUUCAGUAAGGUGAUUUUCUCUUUUGCUCUUCUUUCAAUCUGUUAUUUGAUUUGAUGAUUGGCUUCAUGAGACCUCAGUUUGCUGAAUCUGUCAAUCAACUUGUGUUGCAUUAUGUUUAUGUCACUUAAAUUUCAAUGGUUAAGCGGCAACAAUCAUCUUUUUUUUUUC